UUCCUUUGUUAAAAAAACAGUGAGUAUAAGUUUUGCCCUUUGGAAAAUUAACCAAAAGAAAAGGUUUUCUAAAACCAGUGAGGCUUGCCCUUGAAGCCUUGGCGGGGAGAGGGAGAAGUCAUUUAAAACCCUCGUUUUCCCGCUCCUCAAACCAUCGACCGUUCUCAGAUCUCUCAUGUGAUACUCUCUAACCGCAAUGGACUCAGUAGAGAUCAUCAAGAUCUCGGAUCUUCUCCGUCGUGGUCGUCCCCUCACCGCCGCAUCAUCUCUCCCCUCAUCCUCUUCGUCCAGCCUUCCGAUCUCUUCGUCAUCGCACCAUCCGCCAACCCAAAGCUCCGCCAGUCCAAACCCUAACUUUAAGAUUCUCUCUCCUUUGAAUCAUCCAGCCCUGCUUAUCGGGACCGUAACCCUCCCAACCCUAACCCUAAAAAGCUUGACAAACAAUUCCUUCCAAUUUUCCGAUGAUUCAUCAGCGAUUUGCUGUGAUAUUCUUUGUUUUGAUACACGGAUUCUCGGGAAAAAAAUUCAUGUCCUCGCUUGGAAUUUCAUUCCUCUGAAACAUUCGGGGGGAUUUCUGGAGAUUAUCAGAUGGUGUUUUCUGAAUUCGAGUGUCCCACCCGCUCUUAGUCGAUGUUCAAAUGUAGACUCCAUUCCUCUGGCUUUGCCUUCGGUUUCUUCUAAUGAAGAUGCCUCUAAAGCUCGCUAUCAGGUGCUCGGAACAUUAGAAUCAAUCAGCCCUAUUUCGGUCAUUCCAUGUUCAACCACUGCCGGUAAUUCUCAUGUUCCGCAGAAUCUUCCAGGUUUCCUACUGCGAGUUAUGGCUUGCCAGUGUAGAUUAUGUAGUUGUAAAGAGCCUUCAACGGCUUUAGAUAAUGUUAUACGAGGACGUGAUUUACAUUCUCUUAGCAAACCCUUGUUUGUAUAUUUUCUUGGCUCUGUGUCAUGUUGGCAUCCAGCGAUUACAAAACUCAUCGGUGAUACUGUCUUGUUCUCUGGCUUGAAGAAGAAGUUGAUUACCAUCGGGAAGGAGGAUUCCUUAUUGAUGUAUGUGACGACAGGAAAUUCGGUUUUACAUUUGCCCAGAUUAUCAAAGAAAUGGCUAUUAUUACCAAGAACAGCUAUGAAGGGAAAGGGAGAGUCAGGCACAUAUACUGGUGUUGUCAAGGGUGUACACAUGCAAGGAUUGGUGAUUGAGUUGGACAAAGAUGUUUGGCUUUUAUUAACUGAUCAACUUCUUACUCCACCUCAUAGUCUUAGGGUGGGCGCUGUUAUUUCUGCAAGGAAUGUACAUUUUGUCAAUCCAAAAUUUUCUUGGGUAAAAGUGCUCAUACUUGGCGCCUGCUUCAAGACUAGCAUUACCAUAGAAUCCUUCUCACCUUUAGAAUCCGGAUGCCAUGCAGUUCUGCGAUCACAAAGCCAGUUGGGGAGGUUCAUUGAGUCCUUGACAUUUUCUGCCCGACUAUGGGCACUCCUUGUUGUGUCGUGUUUUCGGAAAAAGUUUGCCGGUAUUUUGUCCGAGAAGGAAAUUUUGGGAUCAAAGCAUAAGGAAGGAAUGGCUCAGAUGUAUGCUAGGUCACAUUUACCUCAAUCAGCAUUUCAAGUUCGGCAUGGGGUUUUCAAGGAACUAACUAAGCAUGACUCUUGUGGUUGUGGCUGUGCCAAUGAACCAUAUUGUGCCAACCUGAAGUUGGUUGCACCCACCACUGUUUUCCUACAUUGGUGUGAGGCCAUGUGGACCAAAACGCUGUUACAGUCAAGGAACAACUGCCAUGCCUUAUGUGACGAAGAAGGGUUUAACUUGCUUACAUGUGAUAGAAGAUCUUAUCGUCAGUCAUUGAGGAAAACCUUUCGAAGCAAUGACGUGGGCAUUGUUUUGGUUGGAAGAUUAAUGAUUUCUCCAUCUAGUGGGAGGCUGCAGUUGGUUGAUCAGACUGGUGGCAUUGAUGCUAUUGUACCAGACCUUCCGUCAACUUGGAAUGCCAACAACAUCUAUGAGGUAAUUGACUAUAUCAUUACUGUGGACGGCAUACCUGAAAUGGUGAAUCACCUGGAUUUGCUUUACAAUGAGUCAUUCUCGUGCAGAAAUAUAUUUCAUUGCAUCCCAUUGGCGAGAGAAAGGAACUUAACAAUUUGUGUCUGCUUUCAUUUGGGGAAUGCAACCUGCAGAGAUCUUCUUUUGCAUCCUUCUAAGGGAUUGGUAGAUGAAUGUAAAGAACUUCAUACUGGAAGAUUCCAUCUAAUAUGGGUCACACACAAAUUUCCUGAGCUGCAAAAGUUGUGUGGUGACUCAAAUAUAUCAAACAGGUCUAGUAUGUUUUUGGAGGCCUUUAUCUUGCCUUGGUAUCUAUUUAUUGCGGGGGAAGAUGUAACUACACGUCCAGCAAAGGUUUCAAGGGAUUGUGCUGGUGAAAAUUGCAAACAAUGUGUCCCUAGUAAGCGCUGUAAAAUUGAAGGUACAUCAAGCAAGGUUUUGAUUUCAUGUUUGAGGGAUGACAUUAGAGAUGCUGAUGUGAAACUAAGUGCGUAUAGUUCUUGUAGAGAACAUAGUGAAGGGCGAAAGUAUAUGAAUUCAAAGUCUAUCCAUGAAAUUCCAUGUGUAGCCACUGUUAGAGCUGUUAAUAAUCAAAGCAUGGUUUAUUCUGGAAUAUUGUAUAGCAAAAAGGCUGACGGUGAUUGCAAAGCAACUGCGAAGAAGGUUAUGUUAGAGUUGGAGUCUGAUAAUUUUUCUGUGUAUCAGUUAUUGCAGAUUGGUUGUUACUACAUCACAAAGCACUGUUUAGAAGAUCCCUUCUGCAAUGUUGAGGAUUAUGGUAAUGUAAACAUAGCUAAAGUUAGUAUCUCUUCCAAGGUAGGUCUGUGGAGCCUCUCACUUACUUCUGAUGAAGAUCUUGCUUGUAAAAGCUCAUCGAAUGAUUCAUCGCCAAAAGAUUCUUCUUUCUCUAAUCUUGAGGUUAGACAGGGUUCCAACAACAAAAUUCCUAAAAUUUAUUCAGAUGUUACUCUUCAUCUCUCUGCCAGAGAAAUAAGUCUAUUGGAGAUAAAUCUUGAAAACUCUGAAGAUGCAGUUAUCAAAUCAGCUGUGAGACCUGAUUCUAGUUGCCUCUUUCCUGAGGGGAACAUAAUAUCUGUGCAUGGACUUGUUAUUGGCAUUCAUGGUCUUGAGAGCAGGUCAGGCAGUGCCCAUUUAAGAUGUGGAAGCACUUGUGAUGUCCCUCAAUCUAAAUUCUUUCAGGGAGUUACCAGCUGUUUUUGUAUUCACAUUUUGGCGGGCCAUCAAACUGUGAGGAUCUUAGGUUCUUUGAGAAAAGAGGCAUUUCCAGUUGGAUUUGGUCUGGGAGUAAGUGCAACAUUUCAUCGAGUUCUUGAAUCGGGACGAAGUACUACAUUGAUGCUAUUACCUGUAUCGUUAAUUGUUAUCAAAUCUAUAAGGGAAAAGAAUAGACUGAACAGUGACAAGGCUUUUAAUCUAGAGUCUGCUUCAGAAAGGCAUGCUGUUUCCUCACCGCACAUCUCUUCUGGUUUGGUUUCCGAACUGAUUCAGUCCAUGGAUCAGAGACCAAUGCAGUUCCAUUGCAGGGUUGCUGCUGUUCAUUUUCUGAUUAUGGAGCACAAGAGCAAGAAAUAUGAUGAUUUGAGAUCGAACUCCAGGCCGUGUCUUGUUGACAUUCCACUUGCAGGUCUUGUCUUGGAUGAAGGGUCAUUCUCAUGUUGUUGCUGGGCCAAUGCUGAAAUAGCAUCAAAAUUGCUAAGGCUGCACGAAGAACUUCCGGAUGCAGCUUUUGAAAAUGCUGGCUUGAUGGUAAAGUGGGUUGGGAUGGGAAAUAAUUCCUGGAGGACCCCGAUGUAUCAUCUCGAAAGAAUUUUGAAGAAGCAUGACAGAAUUACUGUGUUAAACUGCAGCUCGAUGAUCGAUACUUCUCAUCAAGAUGUUAGUGUUUCCGUCGGUUCAGAUAAUGUCAUCAGCAGCUCAGAUGAGAACCUCCUCAAAUAUAUAGUCCUUAAUGCUUGCUGUGGCACAUCUUGGACUGUUGCAGCCAGUAUGAUGGGCUUAAAUGCAGUUCAAAAGUUGGAGAAAGAGCACUUCUGUGAUUUGGAGAAGGCGAUUUAUCCCAUGCAAAAUAUUUGGGCUAGAGAAGUCUUUUACUCAGACCCUCUUACUGAGGCCAGGAUCAUGAUUAAAGAAUUGCUAAAUUGGUAACCAUUUAUACUGUUAAAUUUUCCUUGGAUAUGAGUGACCAGGGUGUUCCCCCUUUUCAUCCUUCUUUCACACUGGUUUAUAUAUGACUUCCGGGUGAAAGUUACAAAUUUGUUUUGCAUCCUUAGCUCGCUUCUCCGGUGUCUCUUAUUUUUCAGCCAGCCUUGUUGAUUUUCUGAACUACUUUAGAUCUUAAGCUGCUGCAAAUUUUGACACAAUGUCCUAACUUGCAAAUUUGGUGCAUCUCUAUUUUCAUGUAGAUCAAGCUAAAGUUGGUGUAACAUCAAUGGUAAAUGGGAGUCUGAUUCGCUGGUUGGUAAUUGUUUACGUAAUCUCAUGAGUGUAGUUUGCACAUCUGCUUGUGGAAAUAUGUAUUUUGCCUUGUUUGUUAAUGAUCGCGAUGUAAAUUCUAAAAAAUUCAAUGUAAAAUAAUAAUAAUAAUAAAAUAUGCUACAUGAAUGGAUAACCAGAAAUCAUG